AUGGUGAAACGUGUUGUCGUUCUUGGUUGUGGCGCCUGGGGUACUGCCACCGUUAAACUUGUUGCUGACAACGUUAAGUCUUCAAAAGAAUUUCAUGAAGAAGUUUAUUGGUACGUAAGAGAUGAAGAUUGCAACGGUCGUAGCCUAACCACUUGGAUUAAUCAAGAACAUAUAAAUCCCAAGUACUUGCCAACACUUGAUAUUCCUUCGAAUGUUUCCGCCUCCUCUAAUAUUCAGAAAGUGGUCGAAGAAGCUGACAUUAUAUUAGUGUCUUAUCCAUCAUGCCACAUUCUAUGGUUGGUAGAAAAUGUGAAGAAAUUUAUCAAAGACGGUGCAUAUUUUGUCUCCUUUUGUAAGGUGUUUCUAAGACUACAUAUCGUGUAA